ACGGGAGCAGGCAAGAGUCCCAGGAAGCCCUUUGGAACAGACGGAAGGUGAGGCUGACAGCGAGAGGUGUCUCAUCCUCGGCAGCGCUGUGGGCCACCAGCACCUGCUUCUGGGACCACCUGUGCACCCUGGUGGCCCCAAAUAAGGCUGUGCCUGGCUUUCUUCACGGACCAUCUUCUGCUUGGAUUAGAAACUGACCCUACAACGGCGUCCAGGUGAACCUAUGGGAGAGGAUGGCCCACGUGGGAGACUACAGACCGAUGCCCUGGCUCCCUGUCCUGGUGGUGUCUCUGAUGUGCUCAGCCAGAGCAGAAUACAACAACUGCGGCGAGAAUGAGUACUACAACCAGACCACAGGGUUGUGCCAUGAGUGUCCCCAGUGUGGGCCGGGGGAGGAGCCAUACCUGUCCUGUGGCUACGGCACCAAAGAUGAGGAUUAUGGCUGCAUCCCCUGCCCAGCAGAGAAGUUUUCCAAAGGAGGCUACCAGAUAUGCAGGCGCCACAAAGACUGCGAGGGCUUCUUCCGGGCCACCGUGCUGAUGCCGGGGGACAUGGAGAAUGACGCUGAGUGUGGGCCUUGUCUCCCUGGCUACUACAUAUUGGAAAACAGACCCAGGAACAUCUACGGCAUGGUCUGCUAUUCCUGCCUCCUGGCGCCCCCCAACACCAAGGAAUGUGCGGGAGCCACCGUGGAGGUUUCUGCCCACUUCCCCAGCACCGCGGGCAGCAGCACCCUCUCUCCUUUCCAUCGCGCCCAUAAAGCAGAGCUCUCAGGCCAAGGACACCUGGCUGCGGCUCUGAUCAUUGCCAUGUCCACCAUCUUUAUCAUGGCCAUCGCCAUUGUCCUCAUCAUCAUGUUCUACAUCAUGAAGACGAAGCCUUCUUCCCCAGCCUGCUGCACCAGCCACUCAGUGAAGAGUGUGGAAGCCCAAGUGAGCCAGGAAGGAGAGAAGAAAGAGGCCCAAGACAGUGUGGUGAUUUUCUCUGAAAAGGAUGAAUUUGAGAAACUGACAGCAGCUCCAGCAAAGACUGCCAAGAGUGAGAACGAUGCCUCGUCUGAGAACGAGCAGCUGCUGAGUCGGAGCAUGGACAGUGAUGAGGAGCCCGCCACCGACAAGCAGGGCUCCCCGGAGCUGUGCCUGCUGUCGCUGGUCCACCUGGCCAGGGAGAAGGCGGCCACCACCCCCAAGUCAGCCGGGAUUCAAAGUCGAAGGAAAAAGAUCCUGGAUGUGUAUGCCAACGUGUGUGGAGUUGCCGAAGGCCUCAGCCCUACGGAGCUGCCAUUUGAUUGCCUUGAGAAGACCAGCCGAAUGCUCAGCUCCACAUACAACUCUGAGAAGGCUGUUGUGAAAACGUGGCGCCACCUUGCGGAGAGCUUUGGACUAAAGAGGGACGAGAUUGGGGGCAUGACAGAUGGCAUGCAGCUCUUUGAUCGCAUCAGCACCGCAGGUUACAGCAUCCCAGAGCUGCUCACAAAAUUGGUGCAGAUAGAGCGGCUGGAUGCUGUGGAGUCCUUGUGUGCGGACAUACUGGAGUGGGCCGGCGUUGUACCACCUGCCUCCCAGCUGCCCACUACAUCCUGAAGAGCAUGCCUGUGGAACAUUCUUCUUGGGAUGCACCAAGGAUCUAAUGAGAGCUCAGGAUCUAAUGACUCUAGAGCUGUGGGUGAUGCUAACAGAUGGCCAAGAGUCAAGGGUAUGUUACCAGAGUAUGCCUUAGGCUGUUUCAAGGAACAAGAGGAAAUGAGGCCAUCUUCCACUCUAACUAAAGACUAAAGCUAGGAUACUCCCAGCUACCCACCUGCAGCUCACCAGGUAGAAUAAAUAUUUAUUCAGCUAGCCCACUCACCAUGAACUUGUUUAGGGGAUAUUGUUGGGUACUCAAGUGAGCCAAAUAAUGUGGGGAUGACAGAGGUGAAGAAUCUGGUCCCUGUUUAAGAAGUUUACAACCCAGGGAGAGACAGAGACAUGUCCACAGCCACUUUGCUAGAAGAUAUCAAACAAUCUGAAUGAGGGGAUUCUAAGAAAAUGUAAUAAAAGUUCUGAGAGAGAUCGAUGGCUUCCCACUGAGGUGGUGAAGGCGUCAUCCUCAUGAGGAAAGCAGCUCGGGAGUUUGGUAAAAUGGCUACAAAAUGCAGACACCCACUGCAUGUAUUGUUUCUGGAUCAAUACAAGUAGUUUCAUAGGAUAAAGUUGCCUCUUCCUGAGGCCAUCAUAUUCCCGCAGCCAUCUGGUCACUAAUGGGAGAACUUGCUCUGGAGCCUGCUUUACGUCACUGAUAGGCAAGGCAUGUGUCUGUCCAACCAAGGAGACCUGUGCAGUCGUCAGUUUUAUUUACUGCAUGAGUUCUAGGCCUGGGGACCCAGUUGUUUUUUAUUACACAUGAAUUGCCUUCCAACUCUCAUUUUCAGUCAGAUUUGACCCUUUGGGGUCAGCGGUGCUCAAAGGACACAGCCAUUUAUAUUAUAUGUCAGGCUAUUUUUGCUUCAAAGAGAAGUGGGUGGUAACUCUGCUUAAAAAGGGAAAUGAUUACUUCCUAACAGCUCAGCCACACAUAACUCUUGAUUUCCAGAGAGUGUGAGUUACACGGCGUGAGAGUUUUAGGCUCUGGCUUUCUGAGCCAGUCAGGGAAAGUAGAGCCCCCCUGUGCAUGCAGGGAGAGCCUGGGCUUGGCGCCCAGGAGCCUGGUUCCAAUUGUGCCAACAUGGGCCAUUUUCUUCUUCUGCAAGUGAGAGACUAGUGUGUGAGUCUAUAAUCACGGAAAAGUAAGGUUCAAAUAAGCAAAAAGAAAGUGGAGCUAUAGGAAAUGCCAGGCCUCUGAGGUGCUCCAUGGAAGUGAAUACAGCAUGAGUCACCAAGUAAAAUGGGAAUAAAAACAACAAACCCUCAGAUUUCAGGUUUUCACAGUAACUGCAAUUGCUUGGCAUACAUUCAGAAAUGAAGUUAAUAAACUGGCAUUGUUCUUGGCAGAUUCUCUUACUACAUCUGUAAUUGUAAAGAGCUGGAGAGCAGGGUAGGGUCACACCAGGGGCUUGUUUGGAGCUCACUGCUGAGCUCCCUAAGAACAGGUCUGACUGUGGUUGUUACUAAAUUAAAACCAGCCUUUCACUUAUAAAGCAAUGCUUCUAAAAUUACAAGUUGCAUGACUGAGCAAAUCUUUUGGGGGUGGAAAUCAGUCUUAUGUUUAAAGCCAACAAGCAAUUUCCCACCAAUGAAUGUAGAACAUGCUGUGACGGAAUCAUAAUGAAUAUUUAAUAUCAUCAUUUACUAUGUCUGUUUGCUGCUGUUUGCCAGAACCUAUUUGAUAUAUUCUGCAAGCUAAAUCUGCCACAGCGAAAUGUAAUUACCCUUAUCAAUUCCUCCUGAAGUCCUGGGUGCCCCUAUCCCCUGCUUUGUGAUAACGAUGAUGAGAGUCUCCCCCUUAAUCAGACUGCAGAUGUCACAUGUGAAGAGCAUGCAUUUCUAGGAUAAUAGCUUGCAGCUUCCUUAGAACAACAUUUGCAGUAAAGGAGCAGGGAUGGCUGUUCUCUGCCCCUCCCUACACACACACACACAUACACACGCACAUGCACACGCACUUGUGGGUGGGGAGAAGAGUUCCCUCUCCCCACCCACUGUUGAAUUCUGGGGCCAGAGGUCAACCAGCAUCAGAUCAAGUUUUAUUGACUUAACCUGCCAUUUCUAGGGAGCUAGUUACACAUUUCUUUGUCAUUUACUUACUUGGGGACAAAUCCAAAAAAAUGUUUACUCUGAUAAGCUUUGGCCUGCAUAUGGAAUUCAAAUCAAUGAGACCAUAUGAUUAUUACUGACUAAAGCUUGGACUCCACCCUGACAUUUUGUGUGGAGACAGUCAUUAUUUUGCUAUACGCAAAAAUAUUUAGAAAACACCCCAGGCUAGAGCUGUGGCCUGUACCUAAUGAAG